UGUGGUGGGAGGGUGCUGAAAUGAAAUGUAUGAGGGCAGCAGCGAGUUGGGACGCGUCUUUGGAGAGACAAGGUAGAGGAGAGGACUCUUAGGGCCGUUUAACUUCAUGUUUUUAUCCCCCCCUCUCGAAACAAAGAAAUCAACAGACUUGUCGGCCGGGUUUUCUGUCUCUGUGAGUCGGCGGAGGAGUCUCAGCGGGUUAGGUGUCUGACUCCCGGUCUCUUGGUCAUCGGACAGCCUGCCAUCCAUCCAAUGUGCGUAAAAGGGCUCUAUUUCCUCACAGUCCUGUCUGGACUCGCAGCUUCAGGCGUGCUGCAGGUCAGCGGGAUCCGUAUAUAUACAUCUGGGGAUAUGGAGGCAGUAAACGGGACCGAUGUUCGUCUUAAGUGCACAUUUCAAAGUUCCACUCCCAUCAACCCUGACACCGUCACCAUCUCCUGGACCUUCAGACCCCUCAAACCAGGCCCUGAAGAGUCGGUGUUCCACUACCAGCAGAAGCCAUAUCCUCCUGUAGAGGGCAUUUUCAGGAAGCGUGUCAGUUGGGCUGGUGAUGUCAUGGGCCGUGACGCCUCCAUCAUACUUCAACAGGUCAAGUUUACCUACAACGGCACGUAUCUCUGCCAGGUCAAGAAUCCACCGGAUGUUCAUGGCAUGGUUGGAGAGAUUCGACUUCGUGUGGUAACCACAGCCUCUUUCUCCGAGCUUCUCCUCCUGGCGUUGGCCAUCGGGGGCGGGAUCACUGCUGUGGUCUUCCUCCUCAUCAUCAUAGUGUCCUGCAGGCGGUGCAAGAAGGGGAGACAGAGAGAGCAAGGAGGAAACGUGGAGGCUCCUCGCAAAGAGAGAAAAGACCCCACUGCGUGGUAAGACCAAGAUGGACAGAGGGAGAGGAAGAUGGGGAUAGAGAGAGGAACAGACUUCCUCUCUCGCUCUCAGUCUAACCCUGGGGAUCGGGGCAUGUGCCGCUCCUUCUUGGGGCCUGGGGCUUUUUUCCUACUGGACACUUCACUUCCACCUUCCUCUUCAACCGCAGUCUUUGGAUACCAAAUGUGGACCAGUUGAUGGGCAGCUGUCAUUAAGAUAAAUUAAGGAUGUGCCUUUGUGUAGAGAGCUGUAGAUACAGAACUUGCCAGACUGCUGUGUACAUUUUAUAUCACUAUGUGUCUUUCAUUUCUGGAGAGAAAACACUGUUUUAUCAGUUUAUCUUUUCCUGUUCAGCUAAAUGGGCUUCUAAACACAUUUCCUGUUUAGAGUAAAUGUUUUGAUGAUGUAGAGGCAGAACAAUGGUGUAUUCCUGCUGUUUACUUCCCUACUAAUACAUUUCAUCAUAGCAAUGCAGUACAAAACACAUGUUUGAUGUAUUAUUUCAACAAACUGUGGAACAAUGAAUGAGCACUUACCUAGCAUCUAUUGAAAUUUUGCUAUAAUAACCAGAUGAUGGAAAACAUGAUCAAACCCCAUGCAAAGCUUUUAUCAACCCUCAUUUCAAUGGUCGUAUACAUCAACUGUCUGAUCCAUUUUAAGGAUGCUGGUGUACAUUUCUAUUUUGUUUCACUACUGAAGUUAUAUUGCUGUAUUUCUCCUGCAAUUCUGUGGUGUUAUCCUGAUGUUGAGACUCCUGCAAAAAUAAUCAAGGUGCUAUCAAAUAAUCAAAACCUGAUGGAGAGCGCUUGUUGGAAACAGACAUUUCAUACAGUACUUCUGUAAAUUUUGACUAGCACAUGCAAUUUGCUGUUAAAUGGAAUCAAUUUAAAAUUUUACUGACAAAGUGACAAAUCCUUUUCUACCAGUAAGUCUGUCUGUUUUGAACAAUGAGCUGUUUUGCCAUAAACAUCUUUUUUCUGGGCACAUGGGACUUCUUCGUUUCUCUCUUGGGUUUUCAGAUCUCUCUGCAAUAGGCACCGCAACUGGUUAACUGUCAAAAAACUGUGUUGUGAUCACUGUGUGCACCAGACUUUAAAAGCCAAGUAUCCUCAAGGAAAAGCUUAGACUUCAAACCAAAUCUUUCAUUAAAAAACUGAAACAGAGAUUUUGAUCCAACCUUCGCUCUCAACUUGGGACAGUUUAACCCUGUGUGACGCUAACCCUUUGUCUCUGCUGCUGUGUCCAUGUUGUCUGCUCGUCUUUGUCCUGUCCCCAUUGUGUGUGACUCAUGCACAUACAUGUACAUAAAUAAUUUAUGUGUCAUGCAUGAAUUCAUAUCCCGGUGUGUAAGUGUGCGUGCUAUGUUGCUCUUACGUCCCCGCUGUGUGUGCGUGUGUGUAUCCCAGCCACCCAUCAAGGGCCGUCCACCUCUACCUAUCAGAGACGUCCAUAGAGAUUGACAGUUCAGACGGCAUGAUCUCAGAGGCCAGCACCAAAGACCCGAGCUCCUCAGAGGAGGAGGGCCCGAGCUCAGAUGAGGAUGAGGGUGAUGACUCUGACUGAGGAGGUGGGGACAGACCCUGAUGUGAAGCUGGCCAGGAAGUUCGCUGGAGGGAUACCCAGAUGGCACCCAUGGAUUACGGUCCAUGAUUCUGCUGAGUGAAAUUUAAAUGAAGAGAGCUAAAGAAGAAAAUGAAAAGUUUUGUUCGCAAAAAUUAGAGCAAUGCUUUUGAUGAAGGUCAAGACUUUGAAACAGGAUCAAAAGUGCAGUAACGCUACUUUUGAGAGGCCCCGGAAAAUCUCAGGAGGUAAGAAAUAGUGCAUUUAACCUGCAGGGAUUCCGAAGUGAGAGGCUUUGUAAUCCUGAAGUCGAGAAGAAAAUGAAUCCUAAUGUCAAGAAGGGAAAACGGGUCAAUGUUCGUGUUCAAUAACAUCUGCUGUUUUAAACGUGGAUCUUGUUGAGUGUGGCAAGUCGAUACUAAAAUCAACUGCAACAUGCAACUGAAAGCAAUCAGAAUGAGGAAUGUUUUUUUUUUGCCACGAUGAGCCAUUUUAAGACCUUAAAGGUUUUGAGGGUGCCUGACUUUUGCGAACCAUUCCAUGGUCGACUUAAUGGACAAAAUCAUGUAGAAUUUGUAGGGUAAUCUUUCAUAUUUUAGUUGUAGAGUCAUAGGGGGUAACGUAGGUCUCGCAUUUCAGUCAGUCAAGCACACCAUCAUAUUACCUGCAGUGUGAGAGCCCUUGUUAAAAGCAAUUCUAUCAUUCAACUGUAGGCUGAGGGGCUUGUGUCACAUCAGAUUACUGGGAUUAAAAUGCAUAAAUGUGAUGUUGCUGUCAUUAUGUCUGAAGGCCAAAUACUUGAUCACAUAGCGAGCAGCUGCAUGCCCGCGCCUGUCCUGCGUGUUGUGUGGGAGUGCACAGUCAGAUCUGAAAACCCUUUGAUUGCGAAAAAGUCCUUGAGUGCCUGGUUUCUUUGUGUGCAUCUGUGAAUGCAUCACAGCUACUAACAAAUGAUUGUAAGACCUGUCUUUCUUACUUUUUAUGACCGAAUUUUGUACUUGUGAUGUAACACUGAGCAAUAUUGAUUAUAGAUUUUUAUUUUUUUCUAUUUUUAGAUAAUGCCAGAAGUAUUUUGCUGUUGUUUAAAAUGUCACAGUAUAUGUUUGUUAUAGAGCUUUUAUAAGAAAGAUUUUCUAAUAAAAACGCCUUUAAACUGUUA